GAGGGCCAGCCCCCCCCCCCAGCUGGCUGUUGGUUCCGGCUGGGCCUGAAGUUGAGGCGGCGGACGGGGAGGUGCAGUCCAAGUCCGCUGGGAGCUCUUAAAGGCGCCGCUCCCGCCGCAAUGCAGCUGACCGUGAAGGCACUCCAGGGCCGGGAAUGCAGCCUCCAGGUGCCAGAGGACGAGCGAGUCUCCACCCUGAAGCACCUGGUGUCCGAGAAGUUGAACGUCCCGGUGGUCCAGCAGCGGCUGUUGUUCAAGGGCAAGGCCUUGGCAGACGAGCUUCGCCUUUCAGACUAUAGCAUUGGGCCAAACUCCAAGAUCAACUUAGUGAUCAAGCUUCCUGAUGAGGGGACUGCUCGACACCUGCCCUCAAAGCCUCAGGUCCAGUCUCAGCCACUGCCCAUCUGGUUGCUGGUCUCUCAGAUCUUGGCCCGACACUUCAGCACAGCUGAUACCAGGAGAGUCCUAGAACAGCUACAAAAGGACUAUGAUCGGAGUCUACGCCUCCUGAGCUUGGAUGAUAUUGAACGUCUGGCUACCCGUAUGCUCAACUGUACUGUGACUGAGCCUGUGGAAGUUGGCUUCCUGGACUAACUCCCUCCAUCCCUCUCCCUGAAAAACAAAACAAAACAAAACAACACUAGGCUUGGAUGGAGUAGUGGGGGUUGGUUUUCUGGCUGAAAGCUGACUCUCUGUCCCUGCUACCCUCAUCUACUCCCUAGUAGGCAUGGAAGGAAGAAAGGAUGAGGGAAGUAGUAUUAGAGAAGGGGGUUGGCUUUUAUAGUGCAGAGUGGGAUGGUGGCCAGGGACUGGCUACUAUGACACCUUCCUCUCCCCAGUUUUUUCCCUGGGAUAUGACUACUUGACUUUAUGAUGUCACCAUCCGACUCUGCAUUCCAGGCAUCCUUGGCCCCUUGUCCCCAGCAGUGUUUCUUUGAGCACAGAAUCGUGGGCUUUUUUCUCCAAGUAUAACCCUGUUCCCAACAUGAACAAAACCCACUUCAAAAGGGCAGCCUUACAGAGGGAUCAGAAAGCCUUCAGGGAAGGGAAACCUUCCUUCCUCAGUCAUAGUGACUGUGAGAACAGCUGCCAUCUGUGGUAGUGGCCUCUCUUUUUCUCAGAGCCUCAGGGCUUGGGGCCAAAUAUGUUCCUAUUUAGCCAUCCCCUAUCCUUGUCUGAAGGUGGGGCCCUUCGUAUAAUAUUCUUCUCUCACUCUCACUCGUGUACAAAAGGGGUCAGUGCUUGGGUGAUGGGGCUGUGGUGAAGCUCAGGGUUACUCAAUGCCAUUGUGAGGCCUCACCUUGUGGGUGUUCCUCAGCAGCUUCCUGACUCAAAGAAAAUCUACCCUAGACCUAUGAGGCAACAGUGGAGAGCAGUUAGCUCUGAGUGAAGGGAGUUGGGGGUGAAGGAGCCCCCAGGGCCUCUCCUACUAGGGAGAGAGAGCCUAGCUUUUCAAACUUUUGCUUCCAGUUAAUUCAAUUAAACCUUUAUUAUGCACCUCUA